UGGUGUGCGAGAAGAGAGAGAGAGAGAGGGAGGAUAACCAAAAAAAGAGAUAAUUCUGGAGAGAGAAAGGGAGGUAGACAGAGGGAGGGGGGGCGCACUUUAUUACUUUUUUAUGUUGCAUCCAUGGCAGAAGAGGGAGCCAAAGGGAGGAGAGAAGCAGAGGAGGAGAGCGAGAGAAAGAGGAGAUUUUGAGCAGAGGACAGAGUACUAUACUGCUGCUGCUCCCAGCCAUCCCUCGCUCCCCCACCCACAGCCAUUCCCAGGUAAAGAGAAAAUUUUGAAACAGAAGCUGAAGGACAAGAGAGGAGGAGGGAUGAUGAAAGCUGGAAGAGGAGGAAGAGGAAGAACACACUCAGCUUCCACCAUUCGUUAUUUGAAAUGAAGAGCUGAGCUUGCAUGCUCCCUCCCACCCGCCCCCCCCAAAGUAUUGUACUCCCGUUAGUGUACACAUACACAAAGAUCUCACCUUUGUCCAGCUUCUACUAUUUCAGCCAUCAAAAUCUCUCUUGUUUUGUCUGGCUCUGAGUGAGGUAAGAGAAGACUCAGAUCUGGCUUCUUGUAUGAAGUGGUAUUAGAUGAGGGAGUUGCCCUUUAAUGGCCAGGGGAAGGGGGGUUUAGAAGCAGUGGGGACUAUCUUAGAGGGGAACCAAGCUCUGUUUUGGGUGAAUAAGAGGCCAAAGUUUGUGAUCCAAGAGGGAGUGGAGCCAAGAUCGGUGCUUGAUCACAGGAGCCCCAGCCCUCCCACCUCCACAGCCACACUGUCUUCUUCUUUGGGCGGCGGAGGCUCCUCCGACACCGCCGGAGUGGCGGCGGUCUCCGACAACCCCACCAACAAAUGGGCCCUCUCCGACUCCACCGCCGAGGAGGGCGGCGGCGGUGCUGCUGGGAAGGAGGAGUGGGCCGCCGAGUUGCAGCCGAUACCGGCCGGGCUUGACAUGGGCUUCGUCGCCGGUGGUGAAAAGUGCGGUGUCGGAAUCGAGGACUGGGAGGCGAUGCUCUCGGAGACUUCGGCGGCCUCCCCCAGCCGGGAGCAGACCUUUCUCCGGUGGAUCAUGGGCGACGUCGACGACCCCUCUGCGGCCGGGUUUAAGCAGCAGCAGCUCCUCUCCCAGGCGCCACCGGACUUCGAUGGCAACAACGGCGGCUUAGGGUUUGGGAUUCUCGACCCAGGCAUUGGGCUCGGAUCCAUCGGAAGGAUUGCGGAUGACGCGUCCGUCUCGGCCUCCAUGGCUACUCCUCCACCUUUAGCUUCUAACGUUGCUUCUGGUGGUGGCUUUUCGCUCAUGAACAACAACAGCUGGAUGUCUCCGCCCCCCGUGAACGCCGGCAUCAAAGGUGUCGCCUUCGGCCACCAUACCGGAGGUCAGCUCUUCUCGCUGCCUCCGCAGGCUGGCAACAGCAUGGCGUUGCCGCUCUCUUUACCACCAGGUAUGUAUUUCCCGGACGCCGUGGAGGACAAGCCGCAGUUGUUUGUCCCAGGACUUCUGAACCAGCCACCAGCCACCCCGAACCCGCCCUUCUUCCUCAGUGUGGGACAGGUCGACCACCAGCAGCUGCCGCACCUCCUCAUCCCCAACCAGCCGAAGCGCCACAACCCCAUUGCCGACCAAAUUCCGCCGAAACUUACGUUUCUGGAAUCUGGCGGAAGCUCGGACCUCUUCCUCCGGCGACAGUCCUUCCAGCAGCAGCAGCAUAGCCAGGGCUUUCCUCUGCCGCAGAUCCAGCAAAGGUCGGUGAAGCCCAGGGUAGCAGCUUUCGGGGACGAUGUGACGGCAGCUAUGGCCGCGCAGCAGCAGCUACAACAGGCAUUGGUGAACCUGCUAUUCGAGGCUGCCGAGAUGGUCGAGGCCCGUAAUUUCGUUGGCGCGCACGCGAUAUUGGCGCGGCUCAAUCACCAGCUCCCCUCUCCCUUGGGGAAGCCCCUUAUCCGCUCUGCGUUUUACUUCAAGGAGGCACUGCAACUCAUCCUCUCGAACGGACCCAACCCUGUCCUCCCUUCGAGUGCAACGUCCCACCCUCACCACCAGCAGGGCCCGUUCUCGACUCUCCCGGCGACGCAAUUGGACGUCGUGCACAAGCUCAGUGCUUACAAGGCGUUCUCUGAGGUCUCUCCCAUCAUCCAAUUCGCAAACUUCACCUGCAUUCAGGCCCUCCUGGAAGAACUCAAUGGCUCCGACCGCAUCCACAUCGUCGACUCUGACAUCGGGUUUGGUGGACAAUGGUCCUCCUUCAUGCAGGAGCUGGCGCAGCGGCGCUGCUCGACGGCCGGUGCUGUGAGGAUGCUCAAAAUUACAGCUUUAUUGCCACAUUACCCCCAUAAUAACCUGGAGCUCCACCUCGUCCGCGACAACCUCUCCCAUUUUGCAAGUGACCUUAACAUUCCCUUCGAAUUCAACAUUCAUAGCCUCGAUUCCUUUGAUCCCUCGGAGCUCCUUGGCCUGGGUGGCGAAGCCAUAGCCGUGAACCUCCCUGUAGGUUCUGCCAACUUUUCCUUUCCGGCUCUUUUCCGCCUCGUCAAGCAACUCUCCCCGAAGAUUGUGGUCUCGGUUGACCAAGGGUGCGACCGCAGCGACCUGCCGUUCUUGCAGCACUUCCUCCAUGCUUUUAAGUCCUCCUUGGUACUUAUGGACUCCAUCGAUGCAUCUGGGACGAACCAAGACAUGGCCUGCAAGAUCGAGAAAUUCCUGCUACAACCAAGGAUAGAGAGUUCUGUUCUUGGGCGAUACCGUGCGGCUGACAAGAUGCUUCCAUGGCGAACACUCUUUACGAAUACAGGGUUCGUGCCGCUGCAGUUCAGCAAUUUCACGGAGACGCAGGCUGAAUGCCUUCUAAAGAGGGUCCAGGUCAGAGGGUUUCAUGUGGAGAAGCGCCAGGCCUCGCUCUACCUGUACUGGCAACGCAAGGAGCUUGUCUCUGUGUCAGCAUGGAGGUGCUGAAGAACUACCUUCUUACAGGCACGUUAUCCUCGAUCUGUUUCUAGCAAAUUCUCUAGCAAAAGUUGGCACUUUAGGUACUCGAAACUCUGUUGCGUCUAAAUGUUGUCAUGACGUAGUUUUGCAUAGUGGCAACCUCUUUUUAUUGUCCUAGUGUUGUCUCUCUACUGAUCCCACCUCUUGAAUUCUUGUGAUCAUAGAGGGAUUUGUUUCCUAGUAAAAUGACAUUGGCACAUUGGGUAUCCAUUGGUGAUUUUAUGUUUCUGUUUCUGAAAAUAUCUAAGUGCAUUCUGAUGAUUAUGGCC